AUCGAACUCGAAACUGGGUCGCGACCGUUCGAUCAGCACCGGCGACAGUCAGCCUCGAUGCGCCCGGUCAGGGUUUUUCGGUGUUUUCCACGCUGCCUGUGGAGAUCUCGAAAUUCAUGCCGCGACUUUUAACGCGUGGGCACACACACAUUCACCGCCUCGCCUAACAACACGCGACAGCUCUCAACUCUAACCCUUUUAUUCCGCGACGGCGCUUUGAAGUGCCGCGACGAUAAUGAGCGAGGCACACAUAGAGCUAGCUGAUAACUGUAGCUAAAUAAUACUCGCGCGAGUGCAAAUAGGACGCGCGCAGCGUAUUCUACUUGUGUCCGCGAGUAUUGACUCGGCACGGUCCUUGAUACUUCUGUAAAAUAGCGGCGAUUCCGAGAAGUGGACUCAAUAGUCACAAAGGGACUAUACGCGGAUCGAGCGCCGCAUGGUCGACGACUCUCAGUCUUGCGGUAUGUAAGAGCUCCUCCUAGUUUCAGAAGUCGACUGUGUGAGCUAUGUAGAGGAGAGAGAAUAAAGUUUUCAACGUUGAAAGCGUCAAUUUCAUUUUGCCAUUGUUGUACGAUGCGUAACCGAGCACGAAGCUCUAUUCUUCCUCAUUUCACGCUAUCUUUCGGACGAUCUACUUUCGCGCGGGCCUAUCUUCAAAUCGGAAAAGAUGCCGCGGGCGGAGAGCGCGCAGCGCGUUAGUUGUUUUUCCGCGUCUAAUUAAAGGUAUCCUCGGGACGCGCGCCGGAUAUACGGUUUGCGUAGUCGCGACCGCAGCUGGCCCCGUAUGCUAAUUAAUCUUCCGAGGUUAGAACAGCUCGCUCUAACGGUGCUGGAGCGCAGACGGCGCGGCGCGUUAGUCUCUGGAUUAUGAGUCUGGCAAAUUGAAAGACGAGAGAGAGAGAGAGAGAGAGAGAGAGAGUCUCCAUGAACUAUUCCUGCGAAAUGCGACAAAUGGUGUGUAGGGGUUGGCGUGCAUCUAAAUCACUCUCGCGAGCCCUCGAUACGCAGAAACGAGUCGCCGCACGCGGAUGUAGAACCCGUUCGCGCUAAAUACACUGGCAAUUACAAUUGACCGACAUCCUGCCCAUCCACUAUUGGGAGAUCAAAGUGCCGCGCUCGCUUCCGUAUUAUUCGCGGAAUCGCGGACGCCAUAGAACGCGAGUUCGCGUGCCGUUGUUAUCAGCGUAACAUUUAUCGCACAGUGUCGUCGGAGCGACGCAUACGCUAUCGUUCGCCGAAUCGUUUGAACGCGGCUCUGGUGAACCUCUCCUCGCGACAAUUCACGCGCGAACGCGCGAAAGCGCGGUGGAAAUAGUUCCUUGGCCGUGCAGGUGUCGGAUCUCUCUGUCAUCGGAGCCGUUUGCUUCGCAAAGUCGCGCGGAGUGGAUGUGCGAAUAGCAUUAACCCAUUGAGGCUGCAUAAUGAGUCGGACUCGUGACGCAUACUUAAGUCCAAAUAUGGAAAUGAGUCAGGCUCAUUGUGACUUUUUGCGAGAGAAUAGAUAGAUAGCUCACAAAGAAUUUUCACUUUGAAUAUUGUCAUGUUUGUGUAUGCAACAAAUAUUGUAACAAAUUAAUAUGAUAUUGUUAAAUUUAUAUAAUAUUUUAUAUAGGUAAUUAUUAUAUUUAUUUAAAAUAUUAUUAUAUAUAAUUCAUCAAUUUAAAAAAAAGUGGUUAUCUUCAACAGAGAAUAUUGUCUUAAUAAUAGCCUUAAAAUUUAUUCAUCACAAAUUGCAGAAAGGUUUAUAUUGUCGUGUAAAGAAACUCAAAUGAAGAAUUAAUUUUCUUUAUUAAGAAUAUUAUGGAAUUUAUCGAAGAAAAUGUUGAUUCGACUCUAUGUGUCUAGUAAGCAAAUCAAUUUUUUGUUCAAAUUUUCUUGAUUGAAAUGCUAAACUACCAAAGGAUUCAGAAUGUACUUUGAAUAAAUUUAAUGGACUUAUGACGAAUUUCUGAUAGAUUUGCGUAUAUAUAAACUUAUGAAAUACUUGAAAUAUUUAUCUGAAUGUACGGUAUAUAUUUUUCUGUGUGUACAACUUCAGUAUAGUCCAGCUUUACAAAAACAUUAUAAAAAGAAAUACAAUAUUGACAAUAAUUGACAAUAAUUAUUACUAUAACGUUUCUUUCGCGUAUGAUCAUAUCUUAAAAAAAAAUAUUACGUCGCAUGUAAAGCUACAUAAUGCGGAAACAGAUACGGUCUCAUUGGGUUAAUGGCGCGAUACAUAUAUUCUCGCGUGACGCGUCUGGCGAACGUCUCACUCGGUGUCCUCCUCUGUGCUUCUGCCCGCGAACAAGAGAGUUCGCGCACUAGUUACUAGAGGAGGAAGAACUCGACGAACGAGUAGCUAGUCGAGUCGGUGAAACAUGUCCGUUCGACGGGGAUAGUCGCGUUUGUCCACGAAAUUUAGGUCGAGCCGUGCCCGCCAGCGAAACUCCGUAGGUUUCCUUCGAGGAGCUCACCGCCGCCUCUUCCGUCUUCUCGAAAGGACCUGCUCUCUUCGCCGGUCGUCGCCCACUCGGCCGGCCGGAUAAUUCGCGUUUCGGCACGUGCAAAUGUCGCGGUCCUGUCGCUCCUCACGGCGACGAGAGAAAGCGAUUGUCUUCGAGAUAUGCGCGUAACACUUUCGGCAGGAACCGCGACACCUUCGCAAUUGCGCGACAUCUUCGCAGAGCGCAUUUGCGUGGACGCGGUUUGCAAGGAUCCAAAUAGGAUAAACCAUCCAAUUAUGGACAACCUUAGUCAUUAACAGUCCAGAAAAUAAUUCAAGUUUUCCUAUGAUCAACAUUGUAGUUAAACUUUUUAUUUUUGCACUUUACGAGUGCAAAAGAGAACUUGUCAAUUCGUGUUUAAUAGGGUGCGGUCCAACAAACGCUGCGCAGCGUUUCUCCCUCUUGUUCUAUUCCUCGGAUUCGAAUGAAGAAAGAGAAAGAAGUAAAGACGCUACAAAGCAUUUGCAGCGCCCGCUGGACCAUAGUCGUUACUUGAAACUUGCCUCAAGUGAAUCCCAGGAAUGCUCAGAUCUAAAUUUUGAGUUAGAUGUGAAUUUCGACUGAAUCGCGACUACGAAGGUAUAUGGGCGAGAAAAUUACAUGAUUUAAAUAAAAAAUCCAACUCUAAAUUCAGAUUGGAGCACUUCACGUGGAGCAAAGUUCAAGUAACGAUUAUUAAUACCGGUUUGAAACUGUGAACGUCGCUAGGUUCAAAAACAUCAGUGACUAAGGAGGUUUAAUAAUUGGAUAUUUUCUCUAUUUUAUUUUGCGGUGGAUAAUUCGUGACUACGUUUCGGCAGAUGUGAUGAUUCUCGCGAUGGAAAGAGAGAAAGCGAUUAUUUUUCGAAAUACACGAUGCUUUCGAGCAAAAAUCACUGACUAAGGCCCGUUAAUAGUUAUUGCUUGAAAUUCGUCUCAAAUGAGGUACUCAAAUUCUAAUUCAGAGUUAGAUGAGAGAUUUACAGUUGAAUCAUGGUUUAAAAUACAAAUGUCACAUGUAUCAUAAUUCAACCGAAAAACUUGGAUGUGACUCUGAACAAAAAUUGGGGUAUCUCACUGGAGACAAAUUUUCUAAGUAAUGACUAUUAAUACGUAUCUGAGGACCAAUAAGUUAUUUGAAAUUCACCUCAAGUGAGAUUCUCGGACCCAGAGAUAAGAAUUAGAUAAGAGUUUUUCAGUAGAAUCGUGCGCUUACAAAUACAAAUGUAACAUAUGUUACAAUUCGACUGCAGAACUUGAAUCUAACUCUGAAUAAAAAUCUGAAUAUUUAACAUAAAUCAGAUCUCCGCUGACAAGUAUUAAUACACGUUUAAGAGUGCCUGAGUGCAGACAGGCGGUUUGCAAAAAAAGUCCUUUUUAUGAUAUGCAUAUCGCGAAUACACGUGUGCCGCGGCUCUACAUGCCCCGGUGACAUUACGUGGUUCCGCGGAUCGCUCGUUACGUAUUCAAAUUAUUUCCACGGAAUCAGUUAUCGUCAGCGGAACUGAAAGUAUAGAGCCCGCGAGCUCGAUACGUGCGGUAGCUCCCGCACGUUCAUUCCGUUCACCGAGCUUAUCGACGAGAUCGCGGCACUCAGCCCUAAGCAUCGAUCACCGUUUGCUGCACGAGCUCACUCAAGGUAUAUCCUGACGUCAUCUGUGUGUGACGCCGGCAGGAAAUAGAGCCGGCCGUCGGGUAUAAUUCAGUAAAAAGUGUCGAACGAAUCGCGAAUUGUCAUCAAGUCGCUCGAUCCGCGCGCGUACGAAAGAACGAGAUUAAUAAACUAGAUGCCGCGUUUCGCUCUUGUAUUCGCUCGAUAAUCUUCGUGUACCGCGCCAUCGAGCAAUCUUGCAUAAUCGACAGACACGAGCUGAAUUCAGAAUGGCAACAACGAGCCGGAGCUUUCCUCCCCGCGAUAUUUAAUAAGCGCCUUCGCCUUGACGGCGAUAAAUACACCGAGUGGUAAUAACGACUGCGUAAUGACGACUGCAUCAUCGACAAUGAUUGCUGACUCCGCGGCGGAGUCACUAAUUCCGUGCAUUAAAAAAAAAGAAGUUUGCGGCGAGAGACUGCUUGGUAAUUCACGCUCUUUUAACGAUGUUUUUCUAUGCAAUUAGACGUGGCGCGGCGCGAAGAGCCAAGACACCAGGUGUCUCGUGCCCGAACCCGAUAUCGUCGCGACGACAUUCGGCGGAGUCAGCGGAUCGUGUCGCGUCUCUCCCGCGCUCGUCACCGCGACCAAAGAGACGACGUAUUAGGAGCGCACCGUGCCUAAACUCGCGAAAGUGCCGCGCACGCUCGCGUAUAUAAUUUCGCCGCCGCCGCCGCGCGCGCGCGACCGGUUGUCGAUCAAGCGCUUUCGUAAGAAACACCUGCGAGUCAUUAUCCCUCGCCUACCUUGGCUUUCCCCCGGCCGAUUCGAUUUGCCCGCGCAAAAAAGGCCGCGCGCUCGCCGCUCUAAGCGAUGAAUGGAUGAUUGUCGCGCUGGCGGGCGGACUGCACGCGAAGAAUUCAUUUCGCGAGAAGGAUCUGCUCGAUGACGACGACGAUCGUGGCUCGAACUGCGACCGGGUAGAGCCGACGGGACUUUUCGCCAAUCGUUUACAUCAUGUUUUCGGAGACUGGAGUGAAAGAUGGUUUAUUGCGAUUAUACCGCCUCGGGAAGGUCACUACAGUUCCUCGAGGAUUACAUCGCGAAGGAGGUGCUGCCAUGUUUGGGCGACACACGGGCCUCCACGUCCAUCUGCAGUCUGCAGUCCUCUCUCUUUAGGCAUGAAGCCAGAGACAUCGUCAGACACGCGGUCGGAGCCGGCGAGCAGGAUGCUGUGUUAUUCACAGGUCAAGGCACCGCCGCUGCCCUUCGCACACUUUUACGACAUCUCGAUCUCUCGAAAUCUACCGUGGUCUUUGUGGGCCCGUUCGAGCAUCACGCCAACCUGAGGCCUUGGCGCGAGCUCGAUGUCAAGAUAGUGAGAAUUUCCGAGACCCGGGAGGGCUUCUUAGAUCUGAACGAUCUCGAACGGAGCCUUGCCAGAAUGCGGAGCGAGGGCGUUGCGCAAAUGAUCGGAUGCUUCAGCGCUGCCAGUUGCAUAACGGGGGUUUUGGCAGAUGACGUCGCGACGACCCUCCUGUUGCACCAAUACGGCGCGCUCAGCGUGUGGGAUUACACCACCGCAGCGCCGUACAUCCAGAUUGACAUGAACCCUCACCUGCCCGGCGUCGGCGAGACCGCCGUGCACAAGGACGCGAUCAUCUUCGCGGGCCACAAAUUCAUUGGCGGCGUGCAAUCGCCCGGUAUACUCGUGACCAAACGGUGGCUCCUGCGGGAGGACGUCGAGGCCGAGGACAUGCGGGAUUCCCACCGCUAUCAUCGGGAUCCCGAGCUGCGGGAGGAGAGCGGGACCGGCGGCGUGGUGGAGAGCAUUAGAUGUGGACUGGCGGUGCAGCUGAAGGAGAACGUCACGCCGAGGGCGAUCGUCGCGCGGCAGGAUAAGAUUUCCAGGCAAGUUUUGGCCCACGUGCGCACAAUUCCGGAGCUGAUCUUGCUCGGCAGCUCGUCGCAGAACGUAAAGCGGCUGCCCAUCUUCUCGUUCAUGGUGCGCCAUCCUCGUGGCACGUUCCUCCAUCAUAACUUCGUCUGUGCCGUCUUGAACGACGUCUUUGGCAUUCAGGCGCGAGGAGGAUGCGCGUGCACCGGUCGGUAUGCCCACGAUCUCAUGGGGAUUGACCGGGAACUCGCCAAGGAAUACGAGAACAUCCUUCUCGAAGGACAACGCACGGGGGCGGAGGAGACCACCGCGGAGGGCCUCAGGCCGGGCUUCGCCAGGCUGUCCUUCCCUUAUUUCAUGAGCGAGGCGGAGGUGGCUUUCGUCCUGGAGGCGCUCAAAAUGGUGGCCACCGAGGGUUGGAAACUGUUGCCGCAAUAUGUGCUGAAUCCGGACACCGGUGAAUGGCGGCAUCACACCAACAGCGUCUUCAAGGAGCGCAAGUGGUUGGGCUCGAUCAGAUACACGGACGGCAGGAUGAACGCCUCGGAGAGACGCGCUUCCGGCUCCGGGGUCUUUCCGCAGAACUACGGCGACUGUCUGCAGACCGCACGCAACAUCUUCAACCGUGCCCGCAAAAUGGCACAGCGCUACCCGCUGCAGAUCGACAAGAGCUUCAACUUCGUGUGCGAACGUAUGGAGGCGUUGCGCUGGUUCAUGCUGCCCAGCGAGGCGCAGGAUCUCCUUCUGGGUAACUCGCAGAACGUCAAGCAGGACGUGCCGUUCAACCCGUUGCUGACGUGGAACAGGUACACGGGCACGACGGUCGCGACUUGCCACGACAGUCUGGUGAAUUGUCUGGCGCUCGCCAACGGCAUCCGACGACUGAACAGCGAUAUUCCACGCACCGGUAAUCUGCCGGUCUCGCCGGCUUCGCCCAGACAUCGAAGUUUACCGGUGCUGAGCACCGCCAGACGCACCGCCAUAAUCUCGCGGUCCACAGCGGAGCCGAGUCGUCAGCCGACGACGUCGUCGUCGAGCAACAGCGAGGAGGAGAGCCAGAAUCAAAAUGAGCAUUAUAUGUCCCAUCGAUCACCCGCCACGUGUCCGAAUUCGCCGAUGCCGGUGAGAUUCGCGGUAGGCGAGGCUGUGACUACCUCGAUGCUGAGUUCGAUAUCGCGCACGGUCGUCCGACCGACGAAGGAGCAGAGAGAGCUGAUGGACGCGGCGAAUGCCGGUCGCGCGAGAUGCAAUUCCCUCGGAAGCACCACCGACGGAUGCAACGCGCCAGGGAAUCGUGUCGGCACCACGUCCGCUUCCUCGCCGAUCCCGCCGCUCCCUCUGAGUCCGCAGACUUUGACCAGUUUGGGUCUGAGCGCGACGAACGGCUCGUCGAGGCAUAAACGCCUGCACUGCAGCUGCAGCAGCCAGACGGAGCUCAACUCCUUGGAAUUGGACUCCGCCGCCAGUCCGAGUCAUUCGAUUUCUUCUUUGAACUGUCACAAUCCGGCGUCACCGCCGUCGUCGUACUCGUCGACCAGCGAUUACACCGAGCGACUGGUAGGCGGUGGCAGAUCGUCGCCCAUCUCGACGACUGCUGGUCAAAGAUCCGAGGACGAUCUUAGCGCGUAUGUGAAGGAGGUGACGAAGGAAUUAGCCACGGAGAUCAAGUCGGAGAUACGCGAGGUUAUUUCUAAGGUCGACGACGCCCUGUCGGAGACGAAUACAUCGGAAAGCACGCCGCAGCAUCAUUCGCGAGCACACAACACGAUCAAUCAGACGUACGUGGAGGACAAGCAGAUGAGGCACGACUCGUUCACAGCCAGCGACAUCGCCGAGUACCUGAUGGAAUUCUCCAAGGAGAUGGCGAGCGAAGUGAAAUCCGAGAUAAGGUGCAUGGUGAACGCGGUUGACGGGCUCCACAGGUACUCACCGGACGCGUCCACGUCGGACGUCUCCUCGAAUGGGUGCGGCUCGCCUGAUCGUGGAAGAAUCGUACUUCCUUCAGCGACGUCGCCGCGUUUCUCGAGCGCGAGAAAGAGCGGUCCGAUUGAGAUCACCAGUAAGGUCGGCGAGCUGUCGCAGCAAGAGAGCAAGAUGUCCAGCGAGUGCUCGUCGGACGAGACAGUGAUCUACGUGAUGAAGCCGUCCGAGAACGACCAAGUGGUUCGUGGUCGGUCCAAGGCCGAGGACGAGGAAGUGGAGAACGACGUGGACGACUACGUGGACGACGAUUCGCAGGAAGGACGCGGUGGUCUCGACAUCAGCGACGCUCGCAAGGUCUUACCGAAGAUCUACUCCGCCGUGAACUCGGUCAGCUCUCAAGACAGCGGCAUUAACUUGUCCUUCCACGAAAGCGAUAAAUCGAUAGACUCGUUGGACCUGAAACGCAGCAGUAGUGCAGAGUCCAACUCCACCAAUAGCCACGGACGAAAACCGCGGACGACGUCGAUGGUGAGUCUGUCGAGUAAGAACGGCGGCAAACAGCACGCGCGUCAGAAUGACAAUCUCUCGGAGGAUGAGGAGUGCACAGGUGAUCUGAGGGAAGAGGAGGGCGACGGUCAGGAGGACAAGUCCGAGGAUGGGGAUUCCAGACUCGAGUUCCCGCGGACUCAAUGGCACUGUCCGCCGAAGAACAUCUGGAAGCCGUCGGUGGAGGCUAUGCAGGAAUUCGACAUGAUUCGCGACAACGACAGGGUGCUAGUCUGUUUGUCGGCGAACGGCAAGGACUCGCUCUCCUUGUUGCAUACUCUGCAUCAGUACAGAUUCUACGCUAGGUCCAAAGGGAUCGACUUCGAGAUCGGUGCGGCGACAGUUGAUGCGAGCGGCGCCGACCCGUUGGAGCUGAUGAGCUACCUGAAAGCCCUGGACGUGCCGUAUUUCUACGAGGAGCAAGUGACGGACUCGAGUGGCGCCAACGCCGACAACAAUCUGCUGGACGCCAGCGUCGCUAGCGGAGCGUGCAGCUUCUGCGAUAGGUCGGUGAGGACGCAGCUGUACUCCUUGGCGAAACGGAACGGCUACAAUCUGUUAGCGCUUGGUCAACACCUGGACGAUUUUACGGAGAGUUUCCUCAUCUCGGUGUUCCACGGCGGCAUGCUGAAGACCAUGAAGGCGCAUUACUAUAUACGUCGCGAGGAUCUCAGAGUCAUCAGACCUUUCAUCUACGUGCGAGAAAAAUCGUUGAAGCAGUUCGCUGAGGGCAAGAAACUCAGGGUCUCGCAGGAAUCACGAUCGCCGCAUUUGUCCGAGAAGCAGAACAGAAGGAAGGAGCUGAUGCUGCAGCAGGAACGCGCGUACCCCCGACUGCACUGGUCCGUCCGCACCGCUCUGCGUCCUCUGAUCACCGCGCACGGGCAGGUCACCGACUUCGACUUCGGCAACGGCAGCAAUCUCGCCAACAGCCCGAGCAGCACCAGCAGCAGCAUAAGCAGCAGCUGCAGCAGCACCAGCGGCAGCAGCGUCGGCGGCGGUAACGGCAGCGGUGGCAGCACCGGCAGUAGCAACCAGCAGAAGCGGCAUCGGAGGACCAAGACGAACUCCCUCGCGACCACCUCGUCGUCCCAGCAAACCGACGAGAACGACGAGACGGACGAGGAGCCCGUGCUCUGAGGAGGGCCCAUCGCGAGAUGGGAUCACGAUCGCCCCGUGAUCUCAUCCUCGCGCCUCCGUCGUAGAUGCCCGACGUCGACGUUCGCCCUCGUCAGGAGGAGACGGCUACGCUUCGCGGCCACGGUCGCCGCCGCCAAAGCCAACGACCAACGAUCGCGCACCGAGCACGGCAAUUGAACGACGUCCGAUUUCGACGGAGGGACUUUUCAUCUCUCUUUCGUUUCCUACACUAGAGGGACUUUAACUUCGAUGAUUGAAGCACAUAUACACUGAAUAUCUGCAUACAGCGCAUAGUACUCACGUGGAAUCGCUUGCGUUUCUGAAAGUUACUCGCGUGUGCACCUCUCGCUUGUUGCGCGACAUCCUCGCGCGACUCUCGCGAGUUUUCGGAAAGACACGAGGCUGUUCUCCGACACAGAGUCGUGCAGAACGGAAGAUCCGCCGCAGAUCUCUCGUGGAAGACAUUCUCAGCUGAAGGAUCGUUUUUCCCCAAAAACGUCGGCGCGAAACCAAACGCGCGGCAGACUCCCGAGACGGUUGUUCGAGAAGUAAAGACAAGGACUAUCAUUGCGAGUUGAUCUGGGACGGGAGUAGCCGUUCUGUGUAAUUUCACCGACGUUGCGGGAGGAAUAGUCGCGGAUACAAAAGAUACGCAGAAUGCUAAUCGCUGAUUAAGCGACUAUAAACCAAGGCAGCGUUCGGAAUCACGUCUACUUUCCAAGCGAUUUUCGAGGUCCAUGCCUACUUUCUUCUCUUUACCUUUUCUGCUCAGCCGUCGAAUCUUGUGGCUGACUGUUGCGGCGUUUGGCCUCGGGAUUGUCAACUUCAUAAAACCUACGGGGCUUUCCCUAAUUUUUGAAAAAUCCUUAUUGAAACUAUAGUAUUCUAUAGUUGUAAUUACAAUACAGAUAUGUGUUGGUAGACUACAAUAGAAAAAUAUAAUAUCAAAUAUAAAUAACACGCGUAACGAGAGCUUUUCACAAAAUUGGGGAGACUCCAAUAGGUUUAAUAAAGUCGACGGCUCUAAGACUGAACGCAGAGACCGUCAAUCGCGCGGCUGACAGGCGAGCAGGAGAGGAAAGAGGAAGAGAGUAAAUCUAGAUCUCGAAAAUCACCUCGGAAAAGUGGACAUAAUGCCGAGGACUGAUCUAAGGACAAUGUAAGCAUAAGUUUUUCGUGUUUACGACGAGGUAAGAACGCUUUCUUGCGGACAGUCGGGCGUAUCGGCAGCUGUGACUCGGCGAUUGUGACUGCUGCACGCCGCAGCGAUACGACACAAUGCUCUGAUCGAUGGACGAGCCGCACAACGGCACAUCCUGAGCUGCAUUGUCACGUCGAUCGCGCGUCGUGGCCGGCGCGACGGCGCGCGUGUAUGAUUAAGGGUCGCGAUAACGCUUCAGAGACGCGAUAAGCGAUAGCUGCUUAAUACCGAAACCAGAUUAUGUGUUAUGUAUACUGUGCAAAAGAGAAGAAGAGUCAUGCGGUGCGGGGAGACACGAGCGGAGAAUCGCGACCAGGUCAAAGCCUCGACCGCUCUGCAGACGAGAGAUCGAGCCGCGGCGGCACGUAUACCUUUUUUACGCAUAUAUACAUAUUUUUUAUUUGAUAACUCUAACGAUUAAGGUCGUUGAAUCGCGACCGUCAAAGACGCAAAUUUUCUAAGCGAUCAGCCGCAGCUCGAUACGAGUCCCUUUCUAGCGGUGUCCCCGACGAUGGUCCCCUGGCUGCCUCCCCACCGACGAUUGGACUUGACGACGGGCUCAUUUCCUUGCGGUCAGGGAAAUGCAUCCUUUGGAUAGUCCGUCGGGAAAAGGCGCCGAGGAAUCACCAGCCUCGGUGAAUUGACGCCACAUCGUCACGUUAUUCAAUUAAGACUCCUGUGCCCUUGCCGCGAUCUAUCCUGAUUAAUGACGUCGGAAGCGAAAAAACCCAAAAUGCCUUGCAAAGUACGUCAAAAUAAAAGGUUAUGUCCAUAAAACGAUACUUGUGAUCGAUUGAGUAUAUUUAUCAAGUAUUUUGAUAACUUCCCUCUUACUCUAACAAUCAAUAAAUAGCCGUAUAAUUAACAUGAUGAGAAAAGGUAGACCAGUAAGUCGAGAUUGUAUAUCACGUUAAUUUCACGGUUAUUUAUCGAUUGUGAGAGCAAAAGGAAAAGAAUGUUUUAUAAAUGUGACUCAUCCAAGAUUCCAAAACCGAUUCCAAGGGUCACUUUAUGGAUAUAUCCUUUUAUUUCAGCGUAUUGCGCAAGAAUUUUGGGCGUGCAUUUUCUCGCUUCUGACGUCAUCAAUCGACAGUUACGUGACGAGGGACCAGGAGCUUUAACAAGAACGCAUCUAAUGCGAAACUCGAUCGACCGUUUUGUCUCGAUGACACGAAGGGACCACCGAGGGUCGGAGGUUUUGACAAUCAUUGCACCCGCCUGCAUGAACUUCGACCUCAAGAGAAGCACUCGCGCACGCACACGACGCGUAAGGAGUCAAAGCAUACUGGAUACAUACGCUUCUCGCGAAUAAAGCGCGCAUCGAGGCAUCGGAAACUGCCUAAGCAUUUCCAAACAACGCGAGAAUUUAUCGGAAGACAUCCCGGAGAAAAAAGGAGAAAGAAAAGAAUGACUAAAGCCUGAUCUACAAUAUGCUCUUUGCUUUCUGCUUUUUUUUCUCUUUCUGAUUUAGACCUUAAAGUCUAAUUCGCAACGUGCUCUUUGCUUCCUGUUUCUUUUUCUUCGUCUCUUUCUGAAUUACGUCAUAUGCCUUAAUCCAGAGAAAGAUAGAGAACAAGAAGCAGAAAAUAAAGAACACAUUGUGGAUCAAGUUUUAAUCUUUAGACAGAAAAAAUAGAGAACAAGAAUCAGGAAGCAAAGAGCAAGAGAUCGGGCUUAAACGCCGCCCGAGGAAUCGCAAUGUCUCGUUUUCCGGCUUAUCGUUGCGAUAAAUACGAGAGAAGCUCGCGUCAUUAAAGCUCGAUAUGUGUAAAGCUUCAUUAAGAGGGUCAAGUUCUUUGUAUAUAUCGAAAAAAUGUUUCGACGAUGGUCUUCGAUGCGCGCUUUAGACUGCAAAACGAAGGCUCCUUUCUCUCGACUGGUGUCGCUGCUAAUGCGACAGCGCGCAAGAAAACCGCGCUCUCCUUUCGCCACGACGUUGUUUAUCCGCGCCGCGAUCAAUAAAUUAAUAAAUUAAGUCUCGAUGCAAGAAAAUAAUGGCGACCGAGUGAUGGACGAGUCGUCGAUAAGAGGGCCGGGUCGCAUCGGCGGUUUACUUAAUCGCGUAAUAACGUGAUAGAUCGCGUCGCGCGACACGAAGUAGGUCGGUAGAGAACGCAUCGGUCGGAUGACGCGCUGAGUCCUCGCCGGGGAACUAAAUUUUGCAUCCACUUCCAAGGAUGUACUGAAUUUACCCCGCCGACGUAUUGACGACGGCGUAUCGGACCUGAGCCCGAUUGCAUCGAUACUCCGAGUUGACGCUGCUCUCAAGUGAAGGAUUCCUCUUCUGAACCGAUCCUCUUCUAAAUCGCAGCUCCGUCCCCGUCUCCAUGACGAGAGCGAGGGCAAAUUAGAUCGAUCACCUCGUUAAUCGGUAUCGAUGCAACGCGGGGCUUCGCUCGCGUAAUGGAACGUGUAAUGCUGCAUACACAGAAGGAGAGAGAGAGAGACAGCAUUUCUGUGAGGAUUAUGUCGUAAGAAGCGACGAGACGCGUCGGGGAGAUAACGGAUAAUAGACGUCUAUACUAUACGGAGAGACAACGCGGACAAUUGGACCACGUGGACGCCAGUCGAGGGGACGAGCCGGAUGGCAUGAGGUAACUUAAGAGAGGACGUUCCAAACAAACCAAAAGUCGAGGAUUUUUGCGUAAUUGGACGUCCGAGAAAAAUAAAAGAAAACGAAAAAAGAUGUGAGCCCAGACACGGGCAUCGCUAUGUCGAUUACGACGAUACUUAAUAGCAGUGGUCUUAUGUUGUUCAUCUUUUCUCUCAUGUUCGGCUGUUGUACGCUCGCUAAUCGUGUUAGGAUUAAGUAAGUUAAGACUUGUACGUAGAUCGCAUGUGGAAACAAAAAAAAAAGAAGAAGAAAACAAACAAACAAACAACGUACGCAACGUAAACGAUGAUCUUAUGAUAAGGAUACGCACGUGUGUCGUUCGUGUCGUACUGAUUUUUUAAAAAGUGUUCGUUCGUUCAUUCGUUCGUUCGCUCGUCCGUUCGUUCGUUCGUUCGUUCGUUCGUUCGUUCAUCGUUAAUCGAGCGCGUGAAAAGCUGGAAUUAACCAACCAAAUGAUAAGCGAGGAGGAAGUCUUGAUCUAUACGAAUCUUUGCGCGAGAAUAGAUAUUAUCAUAUUUUCCGAGAGUUACGAAAGGGACAUUGUUACUGUAAAGAUAUGUAAGUUUAUUUAUCGCUAAUAAAAAUGAACGUUUAAGAAAAAAAAAGGAAGAAAUACA